UUCUUCGGGUCUAUUUUUCAUGUCCAGCCCCUAAUGAGUGUCCAUUGGUUUUGUUAUUUCCACUCCCUCCUCCCACUCCCCGACUUUGCCCUGCCCAUGUUUUGUAUGUCUGUGUCCAUCCAUCUCCUGACGUUCAAGUUCGCAGGGACGUCACGUCCGCACUUGAACUUGCAGCUCAGGGGGGCUUUUGCCAUUUUUUCAUCUCUCUCUCUCUCUUUUCAAAAAAGCCAUGACGGCUAUCCCACAAUCCAUCUUCCCUGCGCCAUCUUUGUAUUAUUUCUAAUUUAUUUUGGAUGUCAAAGGCAUUGAUGAAGAUAUUUUCUCUGGAGUCUCCCUUCUAACCCGGCUCUCCCGAUGUGAACCGAGCUGAAAGCCACCACCAACCACCAUGUCUCGCCGCAAGCAAGGCAAACCCCAGCACUUAAGCAAACGGGAUUUUUCGCCCGAGCCGCUGUCCGCCGCCGUGCUCUCGGAUGAGCGGCAGGAACACCGUGGGCUGGUACAGCUCGCUCCGGAAGGAGACCAGGACCUGCUCACCUGUGGCCAGUGCCAGAUGAACUUCCCUCUCGGGGAUAUCCUAAUUUUUAUCGAGCACAAGAGGAAGCAAUGCAAUGGCACCUUGUGCAUGGACAAGGCAGUGGAUAAGGCUCCGUCGCCGCCACAUGGUGAACUGAGAAGGGCCUCCAACCCUGUGGAGGUGGGCAUCCAGGUCACGCCCGAGGAUGAUGACUGCUUAUCCACGUCCUCCCGAGGAAUUUGCCCCAAACAGGAAAAUAUUACAGGUAAAGAUGAGCCCAGCAGCUACACUUGCACAACCUGUAAGCAGCCGUUCGGCAGCGCGUGGUUCUUGCUGCAGCAUGCCCAGAACAUGCACGGCUUUCGCAUCUACCUGGAGAGCGAGCACGGGAGUCCACUCACCCCGCGCGUGGGCGGAGACUGCGCCUCCCAGCCGCCCCUCCACGGCAUGCACCUGCCCGAGGUGAGCCCCUUCAACCUGCUGCGGAUACCCAACUCCGUGUCGGGGCGUGAGGGGAACGUUGGCGUUGGCGGCGGCGGCGGCGGCGGUCGCUUCCCUCCAACCCCACCGCUCUUCAGCCCGCCGCCCCGGCACCACCUGGACCCGCACCGCAUGGAGCACCUGAGCCCAGAGGACCUGGCGCUGGCGACCCACCACCCGAGUGCCUUCGACAGGGUGCCGCGCCUCAACCCCAUGCCCCUGGACCUGCCGGCCAUGGACUUCUCGCGCCGGCUGAGGGAGCUGGCCGGCAACAACGCGGGCUCCACGCCGCCGCUGUCGCCCAACCGGCCCAGCCCUAUGCAACGGCUGCUGCAACCAUUCCAGCCGGGCGCCAAGCCGCCCCCGUUCCUGUCCACUCCGCCACUCCCGUCCAUGCAGUCGCCCUCGGGCGGCUCCCAGGGCACCCCCACCUCCUCGUCUCAGCCGGGCCCGCAGCUGACCCAGGGCUCGCAGACGCUGCUGCAGCAGCAGCCGCCGCAGUCCACCACGCCGCUCAACACGCCCAUGAAGUCGUGCGAGUUCUGCGGCAAGACCUUCAAGUUCCAGAGCAACCUGAUCGUGCACCGGCGAAGCCACACGGGCGAGAAGCCCUACAAGUGCCACCUGUGCGACCACGCGUGCACGCAGGCCAGCAAGCUCAAGCGCCACAUGAAGACGCACAUGCACAAGUCCUCGCCCAUGACGGUCAAGUCCGACGACGGGCUCUCAGGCACCAGCUCACCCGAGCCGGGCACCAGCGAGCUCCUGGGCAGCGCCAGCAGCGCCCUCAAGUCAGUGGUGGCCAAGCUCAAGAGCGAACGCAUUAUCCGCGAGAACGGCGAGGAGGCCGAGGAGGAGGAAGAGGAGGAGGAGGAAGAGGAAGAAGAGGAGGAGGAGGAGGAGGAAGGCGAGGAGGAGGAGCUGGAGAGUGAGUGUGGCGGCACCGGGAACGGCCGCAGCAACAGCUACCCGUUCGGCCUGAGCCUGGAGGCGGCGCGGCACCACGAGAACAACGGCAGCGGCAUCGGGCUCCACGGGCGGUCAGUGCUGGAGGACGGCAUCCCGCGCUCGCUGCCCGAGGUGAUGCAGGGCAUGGGCCUGGCGGCCAGCAUGCAGCAUUACAGCGAGGCUUUCCACGCACACAAGCGCGGCGCGCUCGGCCCCAACGAGCACAAUGACACCGCGCACCGGGACCUGUGUGACGGCGACUCGGCCAUGGAGUCGGACCGCGUGAACGAGGGCUGUGGCUCGGCCAUCAACGGCCGCGGCUCGUCCCCCAGCGAGGCGGCUGCCGCCGCCGUGGGCCUGAGCAAGAAACUGCUCCUGGGAAGCCCCAGCUCGCUCAGCCCCUUCAGCAACAAGCGCAUCAAGAUGGAGAAGGACCUGGACCUGCCCGCCAUGCCCACCAUCCCCAACUCGGAGAACGUCUACUCCCAGUGGCUGGCCGGCUACGCCGCUUCGCGCCAGCUCAAGGACCCCUUCCUGAGCUUCGGGGACUCCCGACAAUCGCCUUUCGCCUCGUCCUCUGAGCACUCCUCGGAGAACGGCAGCCUGCGUUUCUCCACGCCGCCGGGCGAGAUGGACUGCGGCGUGUCCGGCCGCAGCGGCACGGGCAGCGGCGGCAGCACGCCCCACUUGGGGCGGCCCGGCUCCAAGGACGGCCGGCGCAGCGACACGUGCGAGUUCUGCGGCAAGAUCUUUAAGAACUGCAGCAACCUGACAGUGCACCGGCGCAGCCACACUGGCGAACGGCCGUACAAGUGCGAGCUGUGCAACUACGCCUGCGCCCAGAGCAGCAAACUGACGCGGCACAUGAAAACACACGGCCAGGUGGGCAAGGACGUUUACAAAUGUGAAAUCUGUCAGAUGCCUUUUAGCGUGUACAGCACCCUAGAGAAACACAUGAAAAAGUGGCACAGUGACCGCGCCUUGAACAGCGAAAUCAAAACUGAGUAGCGAGAAGUAAGGACAGUGCGAAAGGCACGUUUUUUCUUUUUAAUCCUUCUUCGCUAAAAGUAAAAAACCCCAUCUCUCCCGUGACGCCCUUGUAGAUUUGUCCUCCUACCCCCCUCUUCCUCUUUCGCUAGUCCAGUGGAAGCUAAGACAACGUGCUUGGCACCGGCACACUCUGUUUCAUUUACGUUGAAUGCAUGAUCUGUAUCGGGGCAAUACUAUUGCAUUGACGCAAAACUUCGAGCCUUUCUCUUGUGCAAUAAUUUACAUGUUGUGUACUUUUUUUUCUUUUUACUUUCCCUUUUUGAUAAUUAGACAGCAUGCAUGGUAUGUUUUUUGGCUAAUUUGAGAAAAAAGAAAAAAUUGUCCCUGGUUGGUUAGUUGUUAAGUAACUGUGUUGCUGUUUUCUUGUUCUGUUCUUUUAUUUAAAAAAAAAAGAAAAAAAAGAAAGAAAAAAAGACCAUGCUGCAUACAUUCUGUAACACAUAUCAUGUACAGUUUUGUGUUGUAACAUGGAGGACAACAGUCUAACACUUAACCCUCUAUGGAUGGGUUGGGGAUCGCACUUAAAACUGAUCUUUCAAAAAGAUAUUCAGUCCACAUAGGGUGAAACAAUUUGAAUUGGCCCCGUUACGAAUUUAAAAUCAGUGACAGCCUUUGCAAUUCUUUCAGAAAAAAAAGAAGUAGUCAUUAAGAUUCAAUUUGUACUAUCAUUUGGUAAAACAAACAAAAGAAGAGUGCCUUGGAUAUCUUGAAACUGCAUUGGUUAAUAUUCCUAUCUACUAUAAGCUUGGAGUCUCAGAUAAAUACUGGAAAACGGAUCCACUUGGUCCUCAAAAAGGUUCUUGCAUCAAGUACCUGACUGCUGCAGUCAACUGUGACUAAAGAAAGAGUAAUAGUAAUGAAAGAAUCUACGUAAAUUUCUAGUUAAUCAUCAUUUACCUACCUAUAAUAUUGUGUACCUUUUUUGAAAAUGCUGAGGUAUUUUGUUUGUUUUAUACACGGUACAUGCAGUAUUGUGUGGAAUCAAAUCUAGGUGUUUCUAUUUCUUUGUAUUUAGAGGUACUGUGUUGACAGUGGUACAGGCUCUGAAUAGACAACAAUAAGCUGAUGUGACACUCUCUUGGGAGGUUUUUGCCUAUGUAGCCUCACUAGCACAUGUUAAUGUCUUGUUGAAGGCAAAAGUGAGAUGUGAAAGCAUGGUAAUGCUAUUGAAAAGCCAUGUCACUAGGAUCAAAACAAUCUAGGCUAGAUCUGGUCGAUGUCUCGCCUGGACAUUGGUCCCCAACAAUGCAUCUGAGCAAUUUUUUUUCUCUGUCAGUGAUGAUUAACUAAGAAUUUACCUGCAGGUCUAAAGAAAAAAAUGUGUUAGUCAUAGCCACAGUAUUUAUUCCUGAGUUCCCUUCAAAGAAAGAAAUGCGACGCAAAAUAUGGCAAGAAAAAGAAGUGAAAAUCCAUUUUUUUCUCCAUAUUUCAUAUGCUGUGUGCUAUUUUGUGUUUGACAUUCUGGAGGAGAGCUCUAUUCAUCGUUGAGUUACAGCAUCCACCCACAGGUGAUGGUGAGAAAGCACUUGUCACUCGGCCCCGACAGUCUGUAUCGCUUGCUCUGAUUGGUGGUACAGAAGCUGAGUAUAAAAAUGUAAACUGCUUGCUUAUAGGACAAAAAAGUGCACUGUUCAAUUUUCCCAGUUUACAGGUAUUCAUUUUUGUCAAGGGAAAAACGUAUUGUAAUGCUUACAAAUAAAAUUUACAAUGUCAUUUUUUAUUAUCAUAAUGAGGAUUAGGGACAGAGAGAAUUUGCUGCCACCCCUUGCCCCCU